UCAAAAAGUGAAGCCAGAGACUCACAUCAUUCCGACUCUGAACCUAUUUGGUGUCUGAAAGGAAAGAAAUCCAGUGAUAUCUCAGAGUUAGACGUUGUUUUGUCUGCCUUUGAGAAGACCAUCCUGGAAUAUGAACAAAAAGUAGAAUCUAAAAUUUUUAAGGAAGCCAUCAAAAAAUUUCAUUCUAAUAUGAAAGAAGAACUCAUCAAAACGCUUAAAGAAGUCCAGAUGUCAAAAACUCUGAAAAGGAAGAACACGAAGAUUAUUUCAGAUAUUAAAAAGAAAAGGCAGCAUUUGCUUGAACUCCAGGAUGAACUGCUUUGGUUAGAACCACAGCUGAAACAACUACAAGUCAAAUAUGACAAACUUAAGGAGAGAAAAUCUUCCCUGAGGAAUGCAGCAUGUUUCUUAUCUAACCUAAGACAGCUUCAUCAAGAUUACUCAGAUAUUCGAGAAAAAGAACCUCACGUAAAAGAAACUUAUGAUUCAUCCAACCUUCCAGCUCUGUUAGUCAAAGCGAGAACCCUUUUGGGAGCUGAAAACCACCUAAAAAAUAUCUCCCAUCAAUUAGAGAAGCUCCUUGACCAGAAAGGUGACCAAUCCACUGAAAUGUGACUCUGUAAAGACUAGUCCCCUGC